AAACAGGAUUUACCAACAAGAGGCAACCCUUCCCAGGGCAUUUUUCUCCUGGGUCUGCAAGGAGCACACCUCCUCCUGGAAUGGCAAUACGAUCGUUCAGAGCUCCGUAAACACGAGAGGCAGGGGGAAUGCUGAGCACUGGGUGGGGUUGGAAAGACUUUUAACCCCCACUUCCAACAGUGCCCUGGCCAGACGCAGGAGUGCAGGUGCUGGUGGAAGGUGACCAGCAGCGAGGAGCAGGCGGGUGUGUGGGCUGUGGGUCGCCUCUGUUUCUCCUCCCAGCGCUGCCGCGGGUGCCCCGGGCACGGGUGGGGAGGGACACGCACCAUCCCAGCCGCUUGUGCCCCGGGCUGUGCGGGACCCAGCGCAGCACCGCAGCGCUCCGCGUCCCACUGGGCAGGAAUAUGACGGACCCCCGGCUGUGUGCUGGACACAGGAAGCCCAGCCUGUCCUUUUCCAUUGAGGAAAUCUUGAAGAAACCUUCUGCCAGCACUGCCCUGCACGGUGAGACCAGAAACAGAAGUAGCUACGCUGAGAGACCUCCGUCCCUAAAAGCAGGGUCACCCGUGGCCUUCAAUUCCAGCAGCCGGAGUCAGUCUGACUGUGACUUACCUUCAGCCAAAAUGCUUCUUCCCACCACAUGUGCUACACCCAUGGCCAAAGCAAGGAGAGUGCAGGCAACUCACUGCAGAAGACCUACUGCAGUGACACCUGCAGUGUCCUUCCUGGGUGAGGACACAGGACGUGAACGUCUGGAAGGCAAAAGAAAACAUGAGGAAGAGGAAGAUCAGCUAUGUGGUUUCCCAGUGGACCAUUCACUUCAUGCUGAGAGGAAAGGGAAACGAAGAAUCCGGACAACGUUCACGGCUGAGCAGCUGCAGGAACUGGAGAAAAUUUUCCAAGUGACUCACUACCCGGAUGUCCAUAUUCGCAAUCAACUGGCUGCAAAGAUAAACCUCCCAGAAGCCAGAGUUCAGAUCUGGUUCCAAAAUCAGCGAGCAAAGUGGAGGAAACAUGAAAAGUUUGGCAACUUUGGUGGCCUUCAGCAUCUGACAGAAGUUGAUUUUGUUCCUGCUCCCAAGUCAGAUAUCAUAGCUCCUAGCUUGAUGCCAAGAAGGCUCUCUGCUUCCUUUCCUGCCAUGGGAUACUACUCACCCCUGCAAGGACAGCUGACACCUGCCUGGCUGCCCAGCUCGCUCUCCUUCUCUCCCUCCCACAUGGAGCUGCUGCCCUUCCCAAAACCAUACUUGCUGUUCAAUGUCCUGCCCCCCUACAGCUCUCUGCUGCCCCACAAGCUGGACAGGAGCAGUGUGUGUGCCAGCUCCUCAUAGAGGAGGACACGGGGCAUGGGGCCUUUGGGGAUGUCCCCAUGUCCUCCGUGGGGGUGUGUGGAUGCUCUCCUCAAACAAACCUGCUGGGAUGAUGGGUGGCAGAGGUGCCAGGUCACCGUGCUGGAGGAGGGCUGCCAGGAGCUGCUGCAGCCCUGUGGAUGUGGGCAAGAGGCACCAAGGACCAGAAAGGAGCUCCUCAUCUCCCUGAGGAGCUGGACACUCCAUGGAAACCCAACACUUCAAGCAAGAGCCUCUCCCCUGCAGGACAGUGCACCAGGCAGCCCUGCAAAAGGACUGGGAUUUUACUCAGCCACAAGGCAUUGGAUGGCCCUAUUGCACUGGUGGCUUGGGGCAGGAAAGAUGCCUGGGAUAAAGUCUGCAUAGGCCUAAGGUCCAGCCAAAAGUGCUUUUCUCUGCAGAUUUUGGUCACUUUCCUCAUACAUUCUGGUCUCCAUGUACUGGGCUGCUGCAAAGAACACGUUUAGGUCAAAAAUCAAAGUUUCAAGAUACUUUUUUUUUUUUCCCGAGUAGUCAACCAGGUGGGGGGGGAGGGCAUGGUGUUGAUUUGCUGUCUGUGUUUUUGAGUCAAAUAAAGGGGACAAACACAAUCUGAGCUGAAAUAUGACAGUCUGAACUCUGGAUUUGGUACUGCAAGUCUCUGGGGGCAAGAGAAUUCUUCAGCUGGUUAAUUAAAAUGCUUAUGAGGAAGCUUCUCAUUUUUUGACCUAAAUUAAGAAAGCUCCAAAACUCCCCCAGAAACAAUAAAAAAAGAGACAGCCUGAGUUUAAUCUGCUAGGACUAAUAGGAUGAUAUGACCCCACAGUUUAGAUUAAUUGUAGAUAAAUAAUGAGAUCAGCCUGCCCAUUUAUGAAAUAUCUCUGUUAUUUACAUAAUACUCAUCCCCUUCCUUUUCUCUCCCCUGCUUAUCCAGGGUCCAGUCCUGCUUCCACUAAUGUCUGCACUGUAUAUCCUUAUUCUUCCACAAGACCUUAUCCUCAUACCUGCCUGGAUCUGAGUUUUCUAUUGUCUUCAUUCCUGUCAUCUUAUCAGUCACCUGAAGGAUACUCAGGUCAAGUUGAGGGCUGAACUUCAGCUACAGCAAAUAGCUUAAACACUUAACUGAUUAAAAUCAACACAAAUGAGUUGUGGUGUUCACCUGAUGCAACUUCAGAUGACUGCAUUGUAGCCACACACACACACCCCCUCUCAAGUUAAGGACCUUGAGCUUACUUUGAAGAAGAAAGAGUGAUCACAGCGAGGUUCUGAAUCACUCAUUAGUGCAGUUUCUGGAACCUGACUUGUCCUUACGCAAUGGUUAUCUGGAAUACAGGCAUAUAAUCAUCUAAAGCUAAGGGGACAUGUCUCUGCACAAUAGCCCAGGGAUUCAGGCCAGCACCUCCACUGAGACAGCUUUUCCUGCAGGAAUAUUUCUUCAGCCUAGAGAAGGAUUGUGGGAUGAUCACAUGACUGUUUUCCUUGGUCAGGAUAUGGAGCAGCUUAGGAUGCUACUUUUACAUUUUUUAAUGUUCUGAUGUUUCCACAUCGUGCCAGGUUGGACACACCAGUCCUUGGGACAUCCUCAACUCUGCAGCUCUUCAGACAUACAGGAUUGCUUUGGGCAAACAUAUCUUAAACCUGGCAAAUAGUUACAUGAGGGAGAAGUCAUCCAAGGAUGACCACACAGGACAUGAGUAUAGAAAUGUUGUCAUAGUUUCAUCCUAACCUUCACAUAAUAUCAAGUGAUUCAAAUGACAGGGUUUCCAGGGCCCCUGGGGAACACUCCUGCAGUCUCACAGCUCCCCGUGACAUUCCACUUGCAUUUUCCAUAUGACAGCUUCAACCUUUAAUCUUCCCUAAAACCCCUUGUGACCUGAACAAUUUCUCCCUCUGGCUUGUGGCCUCGAUUUCUGUUUUCACACUGACUUUUUGGUAAGAGAAAGAGUAAGAGAGCCCAGGGGCCUCUAGGAAGUUUUCCUUUUAAGGUUUCUAUUGUUGUUUUGUGGGAGUAGCUAGAAAAGAGAGCUGGGGUUUUGAGGGGGUUGUUUACUCUUAAAGGUUUCUCUUUUUUCCUUUUUUCUCCUGUUUUUACCACGUGUUUUGAUCACAGUGAAAAAGAGAGCAUGCAGAGAGGGUGAUGCCUACUCUGCAAUUCCACGUGGGUACACACUAAACCCUGGGUCAAAAAAACUUUGAUUUAAAGCAGCCAAACAUCUGGUUCCUCAUGCUUUUUGUCCUGUUCCCACUCUGUGCUCUGACCUGACUUUGCUGAGUGACUGUAAAAUGUCCUUUCUCUAUUCCCUCACAUCUCCCCUUAACCUGGACAGUGGGUCUCACUAAGGGCCUGGUUCUGUUCUCUUGCUCUGCUUACAUUUGGCCCCUGUGUAGCUGGAUUUGACUUUGGUAUGAGAAAACACUAUCACUUCUAGCUCAGGAACCACCAAAUGAGCCAAUGUCUGUGCAUCUCAGGGAGAUCAACACAGAAGACUCGGUGUAAAUAAGGGCUUAAUUCAAAAUAAAGUGAUCAGUGAAUUAAUUCAGAUGGGCUUUUAUCCAACCAGGAGAGUUUGGCUCUUCCAAGAAGAUCUGCUGUGACACUUCCUCCCUGCUUGUGUCCUUGUGGAAAUCUGCUCUCUUCCUGGGACAGCUUUACCCCACUUCCAGGACAUGUUCUUGCUUUUGCUGAAAUCCAUAAUUUACAGUGUCUGUACAAAGAUACCAGCACAGAAUGAUUUUAUUUUGAAGCAGCUAACAAUAAAAACUCACCUCCUGACCUCCUGAAGCCCAGCAGAAUGAAGAGGGUGGGAAGGGAAAAUGCCUUUCAUUGCAGGUCUUCAAAGCUGGAGCUUCUGAAAGGACUCUGGAGUUUGAUCAAAAAUGAACCUGGUAUCAAAGCCACAAGGUGGGUUUAGAUUAA